CAGAGGAGGAUACGCAGUCUGCUCAUAACGGUCCACAGACGCUCCAAGUUGCUUUAUUCUCUGAAGAGAUGGCGAUCACGUUUGGGGUCUACACGUUCGGCUUCUUGGCCGUGAGUGGUUUUGUUGCCAUGCUAACCUACAUAACCUACCAGCUGCUGCACAGUUACCUGCAGAACUGGAUAAAGCUGAAGCCAGUCCCGGGCAUCGGAUUCCCUUAUCCGCUCAUCGGAAACGCGCUACAGUUCAAGUCCAAUGCUGGAGACUUCUUCCGCCAGCUGGUUGGUUACACUAAUGAAUUUCGUAAUUCUCCUCUGCUGAAGGUGUGGAUUGGUCCAAUUCCCUUCCUAAUCCUCUUUCAUGCUGAAACAAUCGAGACAGUACUGAACAAUCCCGUUCACAUGGACAAGGCCUUUGCCUACAAAUUUCUGCAUCCCUGGCUCGGGACAGGUCUUCUGACCAGCACGGGGGACAAGUGGCGUCGCAGGCGUAAGAUGCUCACCCCCACCUUCCAUUUCUCCAUCCUGACGGAGUUCCUGGAGGUGAUGAACGAGCAGGCGGAGGUUCUCAUUGAGAAACUGGACAAACAGGCGGGAAAAGGCCCCUUCAACUGUUUCAACCACAUCACUCUGUGUGCCCUUGACAUCAUCUGUGAAACUGCCAUGGGAAAGAAAAUCUAUGCUCAAAGCAACUAUGACUCUGAGUACGUCCGCUGUGUUUACAAGAUGAGUGACAUCAUCACAAGAAGGCAGAGGAUGCCAUGGUACUGGCCCGAUUUUGUCUACUACUACUUUGGAGAGGGCCGUGAGCACAACAGAAGCCUCAAAGUCCUGCACUCUUUCACUGAGAGCGUGAUCUAUGAGCGGGCAGAGUACAUCACCUACAUUGAGUCAGACAGCGAAUCAGAUCACGGCAUGAGGAAGAGGCGGGCCUUCCUGGACAUGCUGCUGAAGACCACCGAUGAGGAUGGGAACAAGCUGACCCAUCAAGACAUUCAGGAGGAAGUGGACACUUUCAUGUUUGAGGGUCAUGACACUACAGCGGCGGCCAUGAACUGGACCAUCCACCUUCUGGGCGCUCACCCAGAUGUCCAGAGCAAAGUCCAGCAGGAGCUACAGGAAGUGUUUGGUGAGUCAGAGAGGCCCAUAAACACAGAGGAUCUGAAGAAGCUUAAGUAUCUGGAGUGUGUCAUUAAGGAGUCUCUCAGGCUCUUCCCCUCUGUGCCUUUCUUCGCUCGCAGCAUCUGCGUCGACACACACAUCAAUGGCUUUAAGGUGCCUAAAGGAGCCAAUGCCAUCAUCAUGACCUACGCCCUGCACCGCGACCCCCGAUACUUCCCCGACCCGGAGGAGUUCCGUCCCGAGCGCUUCCUGCCGGAGAACUCCGUGGGCCGACACCCAUUCGCCUACAUCCCGUUCUCGGCCGGCCUCCGCAACUGCAUCGGCCAACGUUUUGCUGUGAUGGAGGAGAAGGUGGUCUUGGCGUCUAUUCUGCGCUACUUUAACAUUGAGGCAUGUCAGAAGAGGGAGGAGCUUCGCCCACGCGGGGAGCUGGUGCUCCGCCCAGAACAGGGCAUCUGGAUCAAACUGGAGAGAAGAAAGCCACGCUUAUAAACACAGCAACACCGCGAACCCCUACACACACCACCUACCACUACACCACACCACAUCACACACAACACAUCACACACAACACUCACUAAAGAGCAAAGAAUUGGGUUCAAAGUCAAAAGAGAGAAAAAAAAUAAAAACAUUUACAACAAAGAUUAUACAAUACAACAGAACAUAAACUCAUCAAACGAAUCGAAUUUCAGAGGAGAAAACAAUAACAGUAACGAAACAUUAAGCAGCAUAUGAGCAGACAUUCAGAGCAUUUUACACAGUGUGACAGUUUUAAGACAACGCUUUUGUCAUCCGAAUCUUUCUAUGGCGAGGAUAUAAAGGCCGAAACCAACUGACAUAUAGAAACACACACACACACAAACACCACACAAACACGCCCCAACCCGCACCCACACACACAUAUAUGCACACACUCCCACACACACGCGCGCAGUCACAUCUGUGCACAUACACGGGGCACACACACAUGACUCACUCAGUUUUGGGUCUCCUCCUUUGUUCCGUGCAGAAUGGGUUUGUCCAGUGGGCUGAAUGUUUCCUUUGUAAGCAGACGAUAUUGCAUUGCUUGGGCAGAGAGCUUAGUGCAAACAUCCCACAAACCCUGGCUGUAUUUUCAAAUGGCUGGUCGUGGGAAUUAAUGUCUUUCUUUGUUGCUUUAUUUUUUUAUUUUCUUUGGCAUUUAUUUUACGUGUGUGAAAAACGGACAUAGAGAAACAACAUAAAAGAUUUUCUAGAGAGAAGAGAAUUUACACUAGAAUGUAUCUCUGCGUUAUAUGUCAAACAAGUCCAUUAACAGAGUGUUUAAUUGCUUGCUGGUGAGGUAUAAGAGACUAAACAAAAGACAGAUUACCUUGAACUCUCUCUCUCUCUCUCUCUGCCUCACAUGUCUGUGCUUAGUAAAGAAUAUGAACCUCCCCCUUCUCCUUCUUUUUUUUUUUUUACAUUUUCUAACGUUGUGUAUCGUUUUUACAUUGCAGUUAGAAAUGUGCACUGCUGUAGACAGCUACUUAAUUAUAUGUUCAAUUUCAAAUAAUGCAAAUAAUGGUCGUAGAAUGUCACUGAAGUCUGUGGAAGAAUAGCGUGUUCUAGAAUAACGUGUAAUUACGCAACGUGUGAUGAAGUCUUUCGUUUGAUGUUUUUACAAACGGUCUUAAGCACUAACUUUAUAUGUCUUGCAAAAUCUGUUCUUUAUUAAAGACAUCUGUUUUUGAGCUCAUUACAAAAAUAAAGAAUUAAUGAACCACUA